GGGUGGGUGCCCUCGUGGUUCACGAUUAGGGGUGGAGGAACCGCCAUGAUGAUAGCUCCGAAUGCUUGCCAUUGGGGUAAAUGAUUGGAUACAAAUGCUCCAGCCUAAGAGAGCCUCACGCGCUGUCAGUCUGGAAUGAAUUUAGGAAGGGACUUCGGAAGAUUCCAUUCCAGGAUCUGCUGUCGUCCACGACGGUUUUGGCUUUCAAAAGCCGCGUUUUCCACGUGCAUAUUGUCAAUACAGAGUAUGCAGUGCAGUUGCUGGUCGCGAAUCCUCCAAAGACGUAUGGAUGAAGGCAACCGAACGGAGAAAAAAAAAAGAAAAGAAAAGAACAAGUCAGGGAUCAUUUGGAAUGAAGGGAGAUUUUUGCGCGAAGUGCAACCAAAGGCCAAGUCAGCCUCAGCGCCAGUACCCCCAGGCAGUGCUGCUAAGAAAGCCAAAAAUGCAUUAGUCCAUGCACGACCAGUCCGUCGUACCCACAACCGCGACAGACUCGUGGGGAAAGGAAGCCUUAUCGAACCCAUCAGCGUUCAUUUCCCCCAUCGUAAUAGCAAGCGAACCAAUUCCAGGUAUCGGCGGUGAUGGAGCCGUCUGCAGGGGAUAACUGGAAAGGGCAGGAUCAGAUGCCCAUCAUUCUCUCUCAGUGGCUGACAGUUUGGGGCGUUUUUCGCCCGUCCCAUCGAUGCAUGAAUGCAUCCUUCUCUCUGACUCUUGUCCCGUUCAGGAAUCGUAACGCGAGAGAUCCUCGGUGCCGCAGUCACCUUGCGUUUAUCCCACAGAGAGAAUCACUGUGCUCCUGUCAUUAAACGCGCGAC